AUGGACAUCCGAGGAUUGACUUCUGUGCUGCUAGCCUGCAUUGUGAACGUGAGUGAUAACAAAUGUCCUCGGCAAACUUGGUCUUCCUUUGAAGAUUUCACCAUGACGAUUUUCACCGUGACAUCCAGGAGUAUUUCAGCUCGAUGGAGUAGAUAUGUAGGAGCACAUUCCUACAGGAUUUCUGCAAACUCCGUAGCAGUUAUGGGGCAGCCAGCGUUUGUCAUUUUCAACAAUCGAUUUGUUCUCGGUACAAUCACCUCCCUGUUACCCGCAACUUUGUACAACGUUAAAGUAGAGGUUCUUGACGGCAACGGUAAUGUAUUGGCCGAAGAUCAAACACAACAAGUCACAACUCCUGAUAUUCCUCUAAAUAUAAAGGCUUAUUCAAAGACGAGCAGUAGCAUUACUGUGAAUUGGUCCGCUGUUCCCAAAGCCACUGGCUACGUCUUGAAAGCAAAAUCUGGCAGUUCAGUCAUUGAAACUGUUGUGAAUGAUUCAUCUGGGACCCUGACAGGGUUGCAGCCAUAUACUUUAUAUACCAUCUCUGUACAAUCUUCUAACGCUGGAGGAAACAGUCAGCCAUCAUUGCCUGUAGAAACAAGAACAGUUUUAGCUGCCCCUGUCAUCCAUUCUACAUCACCAAAUUUCAAAACCAUCAUUGUCAAUUUGGAGCCUGUGUCUCAUGCAGUGAAAUACAGCUUCAUUAUCAUCAGGUCAGAUGCAGUGGGCAACAAGAUUAAAAAGACCAUAACCUCCGCCAAUGUAUCAUUCACUGACCUGGAGCCAGGUACAUGGUACACUAUAAAAGCACAUGCGUUGGAUGCCAAUGGUAUUCCUGGUGAUGAUAAGAUAAAGGAACAAAUAACAAGACCCCAUGCUCCACAAUCUGUAAGAACAGUUCUUACCACUGAUUCCUUGAGCACAACUCUGGGGGUUUUUGUUACAUGGAAUGCCUCAGAAGGCUCAACAAAUUACCUUGCUACACCCAUUGAAAAAUCUCGGAAUGUAGUCCAGAACUGUACAUCACGAUCCACAUCCUGCAUCAUUUCUCCAGUCCCGUGUGGUAUACAGUACAAUGUCACUGUAGUAGCUUUUAAUGAUGCUGGCCCAUCUGAUGCUGCAAAACCUUCAGAGUUUAUGAGCAUACCUUGUAGUCCAAGUGACAUCACAAUUUGGGAGAUCGACUCUGGUAAUCUGACAGUAUCCUGGUCCCCAUCCCACCUGACUGAUUACUACACAGCGUUUGUGAAAAGAGAUGAUGGCCUUGAGGUUAUGUGCAACACCUCCUUAACAAGCUGUUCCUUCCAGUCCGAAUGUGGAUUCAUUUACUUUAUCAGUGUUUUUUCAUACAAUAAAGUUGGGCAGAGUCCUCCAGGAAAUGUUUUAAAUUACACAACAGCACCUUGUUGUCCAACUCAUGUUAAAGCUGUGUUUGUCUCAAGUGAUACUAUUGAGAUGAAGUGGAAUCCAGUUCGUGGAGCUGAAAUGUAUGAAACUAAAGCCCAAGAUGCGAGUUCAGUGAUAUUCUGCAAUGACACAUCCACACUGUGUACAUUGUCUGGAUUGAAAUGCAACACAAUCUACAAUAUUACUAUAUAUUCUUACAGUGAUAUCAGGGGGUUCAACUAUUCAUGUCAGAAAAGAUCAAUCAUCACAGGGCCAUGCAGUCCCAGCAUUCUAAAUAUUACAAAAGUGAGUCCAUCGACCAUUAAUGUGUCAUGGCAACAAAAUAAUCAUGAGGCUGUGUACAAGGUUUUUGCUUUUGGAAAAGCUGGGGUCAGAUCCUGCAACAGCUCAGGAUCUUCUUGUGAAAUCAAUGAUCUCCCAUGUGGAGCUAUCUUCUCUGUCAGUGCAGUGGCCACAACUCCAGAAGGGAAGAGCUUACCCAGUUACAGUCUACCAUUAGAAACUGCGCCCUGCUGCCCAGAUAGCUUCUCAGUCACACAGAUUACACAGUCAAUGACCAACGUUAGCUGGACUGAAGCAAUUGGAGCACAGUCAUAUACUACAGUCUUGGAAUCAUCUAAAGGGCAGGCUAAAUGCCACACUGGAGAAAACCAUUGCCUGCUUGGGUGUAUAACUUGUAGCACCAAUUAUACGGUGUCUUUAAGUGCCAUUAGUGAAACUGGACUGACAUCAGUGUGCAAUUACAAAGGAUACUCUUCCAGUGGCUGUUGCCCUUCUGCAAUUAAACUUUACAGGUUAGGGAGCAACGCGUUAAGAGUUUACUGGCAUGCCACUGCAGGUUCUGUGAACUACAUUGUAAAUGUUACCAGCAACAAUGCAAACUUCACCUGCUCUACGGUGCUGUGGGAGACAUACUGUGACAUAACUGGGAUUUACUGUGGGGACAUUUACAUGGUCACUGUCUCUCCCGUUUCCACAGAUGGAUCAAUAGUCACAUUUUGUCCGAUGAAAAUGUAUUCAGUAUCUUGCUCCAUGAAUUCAGGUGCAAUGGUAAUUUAUCGAGGGAGGAGGAGCUUAUUUUAUAAUGAAGCUUAG